AUGGAAAAGGCAGAGAAUGGCUCUUUUCCACCGGCUUUGUCUGUGAACGAAAAGGAGACCAGUAGCACAUCUCUCACCCAGCCACUGUCUGACGGUACCGCCGACGCCGCAGGUCCUCUCUCUAAACAUGUCAACAGGGAUGAAACGUGUUGGACUGACAGCGGGGAGUCGGGUGAAGCAGGAGAGGAUGCCCGUUCCACAGUAGCGUGUGUACGUAUAGGGAGUACGAAAAUGCUCGAUUUAAUUACUGACAGCCCAUCCGGUGGCACUGUAAGCAACUGUGUCAUUCCAGAGCCAGGUAGCGACUCUGCUACAAACGGGUUUACUGGGUCAAUAAUGGUAGGCUCCAAGGCAGGGAGCUGCUCUACUAUCACUGCAGUGAAUCGAGAGGAAAUGGACGGAAAUGCUCUCCGGGGGAUCUCACUGGCUGAGAAGAACAAUGGUUGCUCUGCAGAAAGACGAGAUGCCUGUGUGACAGCAGCUGAGGCAGUACAGUCAUUGGCACACUCCUGGAAUGGACAGCUUGAACAGAGGUGCACAGCAGCCUCCCGGACUGGUCCCGAGGGGCUCUCGAAUGGGGACACAGUCUGUGUUAAACAGAGUCCUGUUAGCAGUGAUGCUGUUAUUAGACCACAUAUUAACCGAAGCACAACCCCUGACAAGGAGGUCAAAAUGGCAAACGGGGGAGUAUUGAUAGGAUACAGCAGCGCCAAGUUACACACAGAGACCGCAGGAGCAAUUCUUUCUGAUGGAGCUGCAACCUGUCUCUCUAACCCACAAUGUGAAAAACUCUCCUCAUCUGCAGUGAGUGCAAGGGAGGGCCAUCACGAAUCCUGCAAUAUCAGAGAGGAACCUGACAGAGCCGGGGCCCAGCCUAGAACACAAGCUAACGUGGCAGGAGAGCUAUCUGAUGGCGCUACUUCCAGUCUCACCUCUCAGGGUUUACCAUCAAGCCCAGCACCAACGAAAGACCCCUGCGGUGUCAAACCAGACACCAGGCAGGUAGUCGAACCAUCAUCAUCACCAUCUGGUCACCCAGGAGGUGAUCCAUCCUCCAGACCCCAUCCUCAGGCCCACAAGACCACCAGUCUGAGCUAUGACUCCUCCAACAUUCUCAGCCCAGGGGAUGAGGAUGAGGAUGAGGAUGGGGAGACCUUCAUGGAGCUGGGGGUCCAAGGCCCCAGUGACCUCAGGUUCAUGGACAUCAGUCUGAGCUCCGGGAACACCUAUGAGUCCAACAGACGUCAGUCCGCCCCAGGACAUAUAGGACUGAGUGUGGACUCCUCCGAACUGGCCUUACAGUCAAAAAGACCCGGCAUCGCUGAGUAUUUCGGCAGGUACAUUUGUUGUUUUAUUUGUGGUCUGAGGUUAUUUGCAGGGUGACGAGAUGAUUUCUUGCAAGGACAAGAGCGGUACAAACUUUGUCACAGUCUGCUUACAUCUUCACAUUAUGUUUGCAUUAAUACUGUGGAUAGCCGCAUUAUUGCUGCAAUAUACACCUGUUACAACAGCAGUCACUGCCAUUAACCAUGCUCUCCUAGGGCGGCAGGUAGCUUAGUGGUUAAAAGUGUUCUGCCAGUAACCGAACGGUUGCUGGUUCUAAUCUCCGAGCCGACUAGGUGAAAAAUCUGCCGAUGUGCCCUUGAGCAAGGCACUUAACCCAAAAUUGCUCAUGUAAGUCACUCUGGAUAAGAGUGUCUGCUAAAUGACAAAAAAAAAAAAAAAAAAAGUAUUGUAAUAGCACACCAGGACAUAAUGAACAAAACCGGAACUAGAACUAGGUCUCAUUCAACAUUUAGCGCACCUGGUGGAAACGGAGCCAGCUGCAGUGAAUGCUGUAAUAUUGGUGUUCCCACAAGGACAUCCCCUAGGUGGUUACACUUUACAUUAAAGGGAUACUUCUGGAUUUUGGCAAUGAAGCCCUUUAUCUACUUCCCCGGAGUCAGAUUAACCAGUGGAUACCAUUUUUAUGUCUCUGCGUGCAGUUUGAAAACCUACAGUAGGUUAUCUCUCCAGGAACAGGGUUGGAGAACCCUUCUUUAAGGUAUAAACGAUUUAGAAACAGUUCAUUAUUAGUUCAUAGAUCGUUUAUAAAUCUGUAAUAAAUACUUAUAACAUGAUUGGUAUCUAUCAUUUAGUAAUGAACAGUUGUUAAACUACGUAUAAUUCCUUUAUAAACCCUUUUGAGUACACCUUAAUGUAAAGUGUUAACCCCUAGGCUUAUAAUCCCACAUAGGAUCAGGUGAAAUUGAUUCAAUUGAUGAAAUAAGAGUGCCAGCAAAUCACUCACUCAAUAUCAGUAUGACUUAUUAGUAUGAAUUAUUGGCACCCUUGAUAAAGAUGAGAAAAACUCACUGUAUAAAAUAAACAUAUAUUAUCUGCCAUUAAAAAAAUAAAAAUAAAAAUAUAUAUAUAUAUAUUAUUUUAUACUAAUACAAUUGCUCAGAGAAAGAGAUUUGUUUAACAAGUAAGAUUUAUUUUUUAUAAAAAAGAUAGGGGUCAAAAUUAUUGGCACCCCUGUUUUCGAUACUUUUCAAUACCUCACUUUGUGAGGAUAACGUCACUUAGCCUUUUUCUAAAAUGUUUUAAGAGGGCAGUCCAUAAACGCAGAUGAAAGACCAAGGAUCUGGAAAUAUUCUGUAUGGAGAAAUGGUUUAAGAUCCCUCCCAAUGUGUUUCUUCAAUCUCAUAAAACAUUUUAGAAAAAGACUCAGUGCUGUUAUCCUCACAAGGUGAUCUAUUGAAAGGGAUUGAAAACAGCGGUGCCAAUAAUUCUGCUCCCUAUCUAAAAAAAUAAAAUAAGUAUUACUUGUUAAACAAAAUCCCUUUCCCUGAGCAAAUGUAUAAAAUAAUAUUAAUUUAUUAUUAGGAUACAAUAUAGCUCAGUAUUUGUAUUAUUUAUUUUAUACAGUCUUAUUGCUCCUCUUUAUCAAGAGUGCCAAUCAUUUUGGACCUGACUCUAUGUCAGAUCUAAGAAAUGAUUCAGAGACUCAGAGAAACCUUAAUUUCCCUGUUUUCUCAGUAUGUCGACUCAUCAAAACUGUUUCGCUGACCGGAGGAACAAAAUAAAAGUGUGUCAUCAUUAAUAAUCGCCCACACAUUGUUCUGUCUUUUCUGUCUGUUCAGGGGUAUAUUUUCCAAGAAACAUAUAGAGCCGAAGGGUCCGUCCCAGAAUGUCCCUGGGUGGAAGCUGUUUGGAAAGGUCCCUGCCAGAGAGAGCCCUCCCAAGGACUCCAGGACCAUACAGCAGGUUGGUACCCCGGGCCCGUAUUCUUAAAGCAUGUCAGAUUAGGAGUGCUGAUCUAGGAUCCGUUUUGUCUUUUAAAUCAUAAUAACUAGGAUUUCAUUGACAUGGAGGACCUGGGUCCGUAUACAUCAAGCAUCUCAGCGUUGGAGUGGUGAUCUAGGAUCAGGUCAUCCCUGUCCAUACAAUCUUAUUUGUUAUUAUUUGAAAGACAAAACUGAUCCUAGAGGGGGACAAAAAUAAACGUUGUUUUUACAGCUUUUAAUUUGGAAUAUUCUACACACAUUUUAUAUACAUGGCACUUUUAUUUAUUAUCAUUGUAAAGCAUGAAGUACGGUGAGGGAAAAAAGUAUUUGAUCCCCUGCUGAUUUUGUAAAUUUGCCCACUGACAAAGUCUAUAGUUUGAAUGGUAGGUUUAUUUGAACAGUGAGAGACAGAAUAACAACAAAAAAAUCCAGAAAAACGCAUGUCAAAAAUGUUAUAAAUUGAUUUGCAUUUUAAUGAGGGAAAUAAGUAUUUGACCCCUCUGCAAAACAUUACUUAGGACUUGGUGGCAAAACCCUUGUUGGCAAUCACAGAGGUCAGACAUUUCUUAUAGUUGGCCACCAGGUUUGCACACAUCUCAGGAGGGAUUUUGUCCCACUCCUCUUUGCAGAUCUUCUCCAAGUCAUUAAGGUUUCGAGCCUGACGUUUGGCAACUCGAACCUUCAGCUCCCUCCACAGAUUUUCUAUGGGAUUAAGGUCUGGAGACUGGCUAUGCCACUCCAGGAUCUUAAUGUGCUUCUUCUUGAGCCACUCCUUGCCUUGGCCGUGUGUUUUAAGUCAUUGUCAUGCUGGAAUACCCAUCCACAACCCAUUUUCAAUGCCCUGGCUGAGGGAAGGAGGUUCUCACCCAAGAUUUGACGGUACAUGGCCCCGUCCAUCGUCCCUUUGAUGCGGUGAUGUUGUCCUGUCCCCUUAGCAGAAAAACACUCCCAAAGCAUAAUGUUUCCACCUCCAUGUUUGACGGUGGGGAUGGUGUUCUUGGCGUCAUAGGCAGCAUUCCUCCUCCUCCAAACACGGCGAGUUCAGUUGAUGCCAAAGAGCUCGAUUUUGGUCUCAUCUGACCACAACACUUUCACCCAGUUCUCCUCUGAAUCAUUCAGAUGUUCAUUGGCAAACUUCAGACAGGCCUGUAUAUGUGCUUUCUUGAGCAGGGGGACCUUGCGGCCGCUGCAGGAUUUCAGUCCUUCACGGCGUAGUGUGUUACCAAUUGUUUUCUUGGUGACUAUGGUCCCAGCUGCCUUGAGAUCAUUGACAAGAUCCUCCCGUGUAGUUCUGGGCUGAUUCCUCACCGUUCUCAUGAUCAUUGCAACUCCACAAGGUGAGAUCUUGCAUGGAGCCCCAGGCCGAAGGAGAUUGACAGUUAUUUUGUUUUUCUUCCAUUUGUGAAUAAUCGCACCAACUGUUGUCACCUUCUCACCAAGCUGCUUGGCGAUGGUCUUGUAGCCCAUUACAGCCUUGUUUAGGUCUACAAUCUUGUCCCUGACAUCCUUGGAGAGCUCUUUGGUCUUGGCCAUGGUGGAGAGUUUGGAAUCUGAUUGAUUGAUUGCUUCUGUGGACAGGUGUCUUUUAUACAGGUAACAAGCUGAGAUUAGGAGCACUCCCUUUAAGAGUGUGCUCUAAUCUCAGCUCGUUACCUGUAUAAAAGACACCUGGGAGCCAGAAAUCUUUCUGAUUGAGAGGGGGUCAAAUACUUAUGUCCCUCAUUAAAAUGCAAAUCAAUUUAUUACAUUUUAGUCAUUUAGCAGACGCUCUUAUCCAGAGCAACUUACAGUUAGUGAAUACAUUUUUUAUACUAGCCCCCCGUGGGAAACGAACCCACAACCCUGGCGUUGCAAACGCCAUGCUCUAUCAACUGAGCUACAUGCCUGCCGGCCAUUCCCUCCCCUACCCUGGACGACGCUGGGCCAAUUGUGCGCCGCCCAUGAGUCUCCCGGUCAUGGCCGGCUGCGACAGAGCCUGGAUUCGAACCAGGAUCUCUAGUGGCACAGUUAGCACUGCGAUGUGGCGCCUUAGACCACUGCGCCACUCAGGAGACAUGAGUGAGAUUAGGAGCACUCCCUUUAAGAGUGUGUUCCUAAAAGACACCUGGGAGCCAGAAAUCUUUCUGAUUGAGAGGGGGUCAAAUACUUAUUUCCCCCAUUAAAAUGCAAAUCAAUUUAUAACAUUUUUGACAUGCGUUUUUCUGGAUUUUUUUGUUGUUAUUCUGUCUCUCACUGUUCAAAUAAACCUACCAUUAAAAUUAUAGACUGAUCAUGUCUUUGUCAGUGGGCAAACGUACAAAAUCAGCAGGGGAUCAAAUACUUUUUUCCCUCACUGUAGUUACAUAGCAAGAAUAAAGUAAUUUGAUAUUUUGAUAUACAUUACAUCUAGAUAGAUGGUACUUAUACAUGAUACAUUGUGUUUUCAGUCACAACUAUUAUAGAACAUUAGCUUUUAAACCCACCCCUCAGCUACUCUCAGUCCAUCCCACCUAUCUCUGUAAACUGCCCUCUUAUGAUUUCCAUGUGCCAUAUAUAUUUCAACUGUGCUGUGACGUUUCACAUAAAUUCUGAAACUGUCUAAUCGCAUAGUAUCUACAGAUUGUAAGUUAAAGAUAAAUAUUUUUACUAAAAGUAUUAUUAUAUUGUUGAUUGAUUGACUAUGGUUUUCCAAAUCUCCCAACAGUGCUAUUUGUAGGGUUAAUUUUAGAUAAAUGUUUAGAUUUUUCAGCUAUUCCUGAACCUGUGACCAGAAACAAGCUUCAUAGUGAUCUAAUGAUUCUGUCUCUUUGUAGCUAAACCUGCAGAGCUGAGAGGGUUGUAUGCCCCAUAUACAUAACAUUCUGUUUGUGGCAAGAAUUUUGUAUAAUAAUUUAAAUGGAAAAACUCUUAAAUUUUGAAUCAAUCGUUGUGCUCUGAGAAGCUUUUUGAAUGCAGGCUCUGAUGUCACUGUGCUCCUACAUCUACAGUAGUGAUUCACUAACCUAUUAACUGACCGUAUAACUUCCUGGACAGUAUUGUGUACCGGAGAGAACACUGUUGAAUGCAAUGAGCUCAAUAUUUAGCUUAGAUCAUUUUCCCCACGUACUUCAUCCCUAUUCAUCAGGGUUAUGUCAGCCUUACAUACCUAACCUCACUUUGUUAACAUACAUCGUUUAAAGCUUUAAAGAAAGUCAAGAACUACCGCUAUUUAAUCUAAAAUCAAGUAAUUUACACCCCUUCUGUUCAACUCCUUCACCAACGAUACAUUGCAGCCCUUUGUUUUGUUGUAUCACAUGAAUCAUUAGUUUAAUUGCAGCCUUGUACAAUAUGUAACGCCACAGCAUAACAAUCACUCCCUAGGCUCUAUUCUCACAAUACCAAUCUGACCAGGUUGCAAACUGAUAGCAACUCACUCUCACAGCUCAAGUCAAUUCUUUAUAUCGUUCCAUCUGUGAAUCCUGUAAUAGAGCAUCUUGUAAUGAUGACAUCAGAGCUUAUAGAUAAGUGUGGCAAAGGCUGUAGUCAGUCUGUACUUGGCCUACUCCUUCCCAACACUUGACAAGAGAGAGUAGGGCGUGGUAGGAGUAGGGUUCAGGUCCUCCAUGUUGGAGGCUGGCAGGCCACUACAGCUGUUGAGUGUGUAUGCUCCAGCUGGCGCUGUGCCUGGGGCUGGCAGGCUGCCUGGCUGGGUAAGGAGCUGGUCUUACUCAAGUGGUAUGCCUCUUGCCUGCUGCCUGCUGUGUUGAGCCUCGGCUGGGCUUGAAUUAUGCCCAUCUCCUAGCCUCAACCGUGAGGCUUGUCUCCUGCCCUUAGCCCCUAGCUCUGUCAUUCCUCUCCCUCUCUCUCCCUCUCUACCUCCCCCACUCUACCCUGCAGGUACUGAUCUGUCUCCACACUCGUCGGAGGCAAUAAUGCAUGUUUUCAUGCCUGGAUGGAAACAGACACUAAAGCCAAUUUUUCCCUUCACUGGAUUAGUUGUGCACUCAACUCUAGGACUGUAUAACUGCAGACAAGGAUGAGAGCAUUUAUAUGCCUCACUACUGAGAUUAUGACUAGACAAGAUGAUCUCAUCUAGAGUAAGCUACAGAGGUUGGAGCAGGGAUCUACACUCUUAGAAAAAAGGGUUCCAAAAGGGUUCUUCGGCUGUCCCCAUAGGAGAACCCUUUUUGGUUCCAAGUAGAACUCUUUUGGGUUCCAUGUAGAACCAUCUGUGGAAAGGGUUCUACAUGGAACUCAAAAGGGUUCUACCUGGAACAAAAAGGGUUCUACCUGGAACCAAAAAGGGUUCUUUAAAGGGUUCUCCUAUGGGGACAGCCGAAGAACCGUUUUAGGUUCUAGAUAGCAUCUUUUUUUCUAAGAGUGUAAAUGUCAGAGGGUCCAUCCGUAAUGUGUUCCACAAAUGUGCAGUACAGAAACUCGGAAGAUGGGAAGAUUAUUCAUGCAGUUAUCCUACAUGCAGGGGGAGGGAGGGACUGAGUUGGAUCUCCAACAGAGGCAUUUUCAAUAAAGUUGACUAUCUUCUUAACCAUAGCCAAAGGCCAAAGAUGCUUAUGUGGAUUGGAAGUGUACUGAAGUACUUCGUCGGAGUUGUUUUUGGAGGGAUUGAGCUAUUUAACUCUGAGUGCAAACUCUGUUCUUCUUUCAUCAGGAGAGUAUUCCUGGUGGUCUCACGUCUGUGUCCGCACCCAAUCUCUUAAGCGAAGGGGUAUGGACUUUCUCAAGUUUCCUUUUCAGUCAUCUUCUCAAUCUCCUAUCUGCAUGGGGCUGCCAAGCAACCAUUUCCAUUGAACAUCCAACUCAUGUCCAUGCCAACCCUAGCACUGACAGGGGAGGGGAAAUGCAUUUAAAAAAAAGAAAAAAAAAGGAAUCAUUCUUCGCAGAUUCUUCAACAAUACCAAGGUCUCUGAGACUCUUGCCAUAGGUCCAGCAGCUCAGUCUCUGUGGCUCAAAAUGUUGUAAUCCAAAGUAUGACUAUAUCUUUUUUCCAGUUGUCCUAACAUACAGGACGUGCGACCACAUGUUUCUCUAGUGUAAUAGAUCUAUUCGGUAUCGAUUGUAUUCCUUGUAUUCCUUAUCUGGGAAUGUUAGGAUUUUUGGUUUACCUUACACUGGUAUAUUUUACUUCAGGAUUAUGAAUACACAGUUGAUUACGUGAUUGUAUAUACACUUUGACAUUACAAGUGGUCCCAGAGCUCUAUCUGCUUCACUGCUAUACCAUUUGGGAUUAUAUAGCGGUAGCCUUACGCUAAAAAUGCAUGGGUGUUGGUUAUACACAGUUCAUCUCUGACUUUUCUUAGAACUAUAGGACAGCAGCAAUACAUUUGGAGAAAGAGCUGUGACUAUUUCUAAAUUUGUACUAUGGGGGGCUGUUCUUCUUCACUGGUGUUGGUAAAUCUCACUCUCCUUAGAUGGCACUCCCCUCCCCUGUCCCUACCAGACAUUUCCUCUGAUAGCCCUCGGUGUAACUGCACCAAUAAAUUCCUUGAAGGAGCCACAACACAAGACAAUGUAGCCAUUGAAAUCCAUACAGAAGCAGUUUCAUGCAUCGUGAAAGGUCAAAGUUGAGACUUGUAUUGUAUUGUGUAGUGGAGGUGAGGGCUGUAUGGUCACUAAGUCUACUAGAUACUCAAUGUAUCAACUCGCACGAAACAAACCCAUUGGAUAUCAGUGGCAUCAUGUACAGCAACUGAACAUAAAGUAAUUCAUUCAACAGGCUCUGAUGCAUUAGGCAUGGCUAGGUGUUUAUUGACCCCCUCUAGAAAUGAGUUAUAUGAUGAACACCCUGAGGAUGCUCUCUCUCUCUCCACAGUCAUCAACAACCAUCACACUCCUCAGUCCCCCCAUUUUUUUCUCUCUCUCUCUUUCUCUCUCUCUCGCUCUCUCUGCCUGCCUGCCAGUAUGGGCUUUGUGAUGUCCAUCAUCCGGUCAGAUGAUCCUGUCACCCCUCGCGACUAACCCCACUCUAUCUUUCCUUCCUUUCAAAUGGAAACCCGGAAGUCUAGUUGGGCUAGUUGACAUGCAUGUAUUAGGGCUGUGUUUCCUAGUUGCUAUGGAGAUUCAGGUUUUGAUGUAUCUGCAGGAGUACGAGGCCAGGGCGGGCAAGGCGGGGUCUGGGGGAACGUCAGCUGGGACGUCCCCUACUCAGCCUCAACAUGGCCGGAGGAAGAACCUGGACUUUGAGCCACUGUCCACCACAGCUCUUAUACUGGAGGACAGGCCUUCGUAAGUCCACACUAUCUCUCCUCUUUUCUCUCUCUACUUCUAUUUCUUUCUGUUCCUCUAUUCCUCUCUUCUAGUGUAUUAUGCCCCCCAGUUCUUAUGCCCCCAAGGGCAGAAUUUGUUGUUUUGAGAUCUGGAGCCAAAUUACUAACACACAUUACAUUCUUUGCAACUAGGCUCAGGCCAGGGUGUGGUGUCUAUUAAGAACACAGUAAGAAACACAGCGUCCAGAGACGAGUGGUGUUGUGUUUUUCCUAGUGGGUCUCCUUGGUCACCUCAGCUGCUCUCUCUGAUCCAAGACCUCAGGCCCUCAUUAACAAUAGAUACAGUGUAUGAAAUAUGAGUGUGUUGUCUGAACCAUGACAAACACACUGUCUGCAAGGCAAUGUGUUAAACUUGACUAAAAGUAGCCAUUUUGUGUCCUCAGUUGCUGUGAUAUGCACGGAUUACGGUGAAACUGACUGACACUGUGUCGCCUCUCCUCUUGUCUUUCUGCAGGAACCUUCCUGCCAAGUCUGUGGAGGAGGCCCAGCGUCACCGCCAGGAGUAUGACGAGAUGGUGGCCGAGGCCAAGAAGAGAGGUACUGUUACUGCACUGUCUGCCUCCUCAGAGCUGUGUGAUGGAGGUCAGCAGCAUCUGGCCUGUCCACUGUACAGACCUCCAGACGGCACUAAGCUCAAUCUGUCUGUUGUAGCUGUUGCACAUACUUUGUAACUUUACAUCAUGAUAAAAAUUGUAAAGCAUUAUACAAAUUAUUAUAAAGCAUUUAUAAGCAUCUGUUAACAUCUAUAAGCAUGUAUAAUGGCUUAUUCAUUGAAGUUAUUGUAAAGUGUAACCAAAGGAUUUGUGCCCCACUCCCCCCACAGAGUUAAAGGAGGCCCAGAGGAAGAGGAAAGAGGUGAAGGAGAGGUUUAAGCAGGAGGACAGCAUCGCCAACGCCAUGGUGGUCUGGAACAACGACAUCCUGCCCAACUGGGACAACAUGUGAGUUAGCUAGCUAGCCACUUCCUGCUAAACAACUCUCCACUGGCACGGAGCAGCCAUGUACACUAUCCAGUCAGGCAGGCAGUCAGUCAGUCAGUACAAUAUUCAUUCAGUUACUCAGUUAGUCAGUUAUUCUGCCAGUCAGCCAGCCAGACAGUCAGUCAGUGAGCCAGUCAGUAACUCGGUCAGUCAGUCUGUGAACCAGUCAGUCAGUAGUCAGUCAGUCAGUAAACUAGUCAGUCAGUCAGUAGUCAGUCAGUCAGACAGUCAGUCAGUGAGCCAGUCAGUAACUCGGUCAGUCAGUCUGUGAACCAGUCAGUCAGUAGUCAGUCAGUCAGUAAACUAGUCAGUCAGUCAGUAGUCUGUCAGUCAGUCAGUAAACUAGUCAGUCAGUCAGUCAGUCAGUCAGUCUGUGAACCAGUCAGUCAGUAGUCAGUCAGUCAGUCAGUCAGUAAACCAGUCAGUCAGUCAGUAAACCAGUCAGUCAGUCAGUAGUCAGUCAGUAAACUAGUCAGUCAGUCAGUAAUCAGUCAGUCAGUAGUCAGUCAGUCAGUCAGUAAACUAGUCAGUCAGUCAGUAAACUAGUCAGUCAGUCAGUAGUCUGUCAGUCAGUCAGUAAACCAGUCAGUCAGUCAGUAGUCUGUCAGUCAGUCAGUAGUCAGUCAGUCAGUCAGUAAACUAGUCAGUCAGUCAGUAAACUAGUCAGUCAGUCAGUAGUCUGUCAGUCAGUCAGUAAACUAGUCAGUCAGUCAGGGCUCCCAUGUGCAGUAGGCCCAUGCCAGUCUGUUUGUGUCCCCAUGUAGGUGUAACACUCGGCGGGUGAGAGAGCUGUGGUGGCAGGGCUUGCCCCCCAACGUCAGAGGAAAGGUCUGGAGCCUGGCCAUCGGCAACGAGCUCAACAUCACCCCAGGUAUGUACUCCCAUCAUACAGUGCCUUGCAAAAGUAUUCAUCCCCCUUGGCGUUUUUCCUAUUUUGUUGCAUUACAACCUGUAAUUUAAAUUGAUUUUUAUUUGGAUUUCAUGUAAUGGACAUACACAAAAUAGUCCAAAUUGGUGAAGUGAAAUGUAAAAAAUAACUUGUUUCAAAACAUUCUUAAAAAUAAAUGAUGGAAAAGUGGUGCGUGCAUAUGUAUUCACCCCCUUUGCUAUGAAGCGCCUAAAUAAGAGGUGGUGCAACCAAUUACCUUCAGAAGUCACAUAAUUAGUUAAAUAAAGUCCACCUGUGUGCAAUCUAAGUGUCACAUGAUCUCAGUAUAUAUACACCUGUUCUGAAAGGCCCCAGAGUCUGCAACACCACUAAGCAAGGGGCACCACCAAGCAAGCGGCACCAUGAAGACCAAGGAGCUCUCCAAACAGGUCAGGGACAAAGUUGUGGAGAAGUACGGAUCAGGGUUAUAAAAAAAUAUCAGAAACUUUGAACAUCUCACGGAGCACCAUUAAAUCCAUUAUUAAAAAAUGGAAAGAAUAUGGCACCACAACAAACCUGACAAGAGAGGGCCGCCCACCAAAACUCACGGACCAGGCAUGGAGGGCAUUAAUCAGAGAGGCAACAAAGAGACCAAAGAGAACCCUGAAGGAGCUGCAAAGUUCCACAGCGGAGAUUGGAGUAUCUGUCCAUAGGACCACUUUAAGCCGUACACUCCACAGAGCUGGGCUUUACGGAAGAGUGGCCAGAAAAAAAGCCAUUGCUUAAAGAAAAAAAAUAAGCAAACACGUUUGGUGUUCGCCAAAAGCCAUGUGGGAGACUCCCCAAACAUAUGGAAGAAGGUACUCUGGUCAGAUGAGACUAAAAUUGAGCUUUUUGGCCAUCAAGGAUAACGCUAUGUCUGGCGCAAACCCAACACCUCUCAUCACCCCAAGAACACCAUCCCCACAGUGAAGCAUGGUGGUGGCAGCAUCAUGCGGUGGGGAUGUUUUCCAUCGGCAGGGACUGGGAAACUGGUCAGAAUUGAAGGAAUGAUGGAUGGCGCUAAAUACAGGGAAAUUCUUGAGGGAAACCUGUUUCAGUCUUCCAGAGAUUUGAGACUGGGACGGAGGUUCACCUUCCAGCAGGACAAUGGACGCUCCAGUUUUCUGUUUUUUUGUCUUAUUUCUUGUAGGUUUCACAAGAAAAAAUAUUUAGCAUCUUCAAAGUGGUAGGCAUGUUGUUUAUAUCAAAUGAUACAAACCCCCAAAAAAUUCAUUUUAAUUCCAGGUUGUAAGGCAAAAAAUAGGAAAAAUGCCAAGGGGGGUGAAUAAUUUCGCAAGCCACUGUAAUUGUGUAUUCCAAUUGGCAUGCCAAAAUAUGAUUUGCCUUCAGAAUAAGAUAUACAACGUGAAGGAUGUCAUGUACAGUUGAAGUCGGAAGUUUACAUACACUUAGAUUGGCGUCAUUAAAACUCGUUUUUCAACCACUCCACAAAUGUCUUGUUAACAAACUAUAGUUUUGGCAAGUUGGUUAGGACAUCUACUUUGUGCAUGACACAAGUAAUUUUUCCAACAAUUGUUUACAGACAGAUUAUUUCACUUAUAAUUCACUGUAUCACAAUUCCAGUGCGUCAGAAGUUUACAUACAGUAAGGUGACUGUGCCUUUAAACAGCUUGGAAAAUUCCAGAAAAUGAUGUCAUGGCUUUAGAAGCUUCUGAUAGGCUAAUUGACAUCAUUUGAGUCAAUUGGAGGUGUACCUGUGGAUGUAUUUCAAGGCCUACCUUCAAACUCAGUGCCUCUUUGCUUGGCAUCAUGGGAAAAUCAAUAGAAAUCAGCCAAGACCUCAGAAAAAAUGUGUAGACCUCCACAAGUCUGGUUCAUCCUUGGGAGCAAUUUCCAAACGCCUGAAGGUACCACGUUCAUCUGUACAAACAAUAGUACGCAACUAUAAACACCAUGGGACCACGCAGCCGUCAUACCGCUCAGGAAGGAGAUGUGCUCUGUCUCCUAGAGAUAAACGUACUUUGGGGCGAAAAGUGCAAAUCAAUCCCAGAACAACAGCAAAGGACCUUGUGAAGAUGCUGGAGGAAACAGGUACAAAGGUAUCUAUAUCUACAGUAAAACGAGUCCUAUAUCGACAUAACCUGAAAGGCCGCUCAGCAAGGAAGAAGCCACUGCUCCAAAACAGUCAUAAAAAAGCCAGACUACGGUUUGCAACCGCACAUGGGGACAAAGAUCGUACUUUUUGGAGAAAUGUCCUCUGCUCUGAUUAAACAAAAAUAGAACUGUUUGGCCAUAAUGACCAUCGUUAUGUUUGGAGGAAAAGGGGGGGAGCUUGCAAGCCGAAGAACACCAUCCCAACCGUGAAGCACGGGGGUGACAGCAUCAUGCUGUGGGGGUGCUUUGCUGCAGGAGGGACUGGUGCACUUCACAAAAUAGAUGGCAUCAUGAGGAAGGAAAAUUAUGUGGAUAUAUUGAAGCAACAUCUCAAGACAUCAGUCAGGAAGUUAAAGCUUGGUCGCAAAUGGGUCUUCCAAAUGGACAAUGACCCCAAGCAUACUUCCAAAGUUUUACUGCCAGGAAGUGCCUUUGUGGUUUACACAAAAAUGCAUAGUAGACGUCUCAGCUGGAGGACCCACCGCCUGACUCAUUGCGAGAGAUCUUCUUUCAUUUCCCCCAUUUAUUUUCCUCCCUUCUCUACAGAGCUGUACGACAUCUUCCUCUCCAGAGCCAAGGAGAGAUGGAGGAGUUUCACCUUCCAGCAGGACAAUGACCGCUCAAGUUUUCAGUUUUUUUGUCUUAUUUCUAGUUUGUUUCACAAUAAAAAAUAUUUUGCAUCUUCAAAGUGGUAGGCAUGUUGUGUAAAUCAAAUGAUACAAACCCCCAAAAAAUCAAUUUUAAUUCCAGGUUGUAAGGCAACAAAAUAGGAGAAAUGUCCUCUGGUCUGAUUAAACAAAAAUAGAACUGUUUGGCCAUAAUGACCAUCGUUAUGUUUGGAGGAAAAAGGUGGGCGCUUGCAAGCCGAAGAACACCAUCCCAACCUUGAAGCACGGGGGUGGCAGCAUCAUGCUGUGGGGGUGCUUUGCUGCAGGAGGGACUGGUGCACUUCACAAAAUAGAUGGCAUCAUGAGGAAGGAAAAUUAUGUGGAUAUAUUGAAGCAACAUCUCAAGACAUCAGUCAGGAAGUUAAAGCUUGGUCGCAAAUGGGUCUUCCAAAUGGACAAUGACCCCAAGCAUACUUCCAAAGUUGUGGCAAAAUGACUUAAGGACAACAAAGUCAAGGUAUUGGAGUGGCCAUCACAAAGCCCUGACGUCAAUCCUAUAGAACAUUUGUGGGCAGAACUGAAAAAGCGUGUGCGAGCAAGGAGGCCUACAAACCUGACUCAGUUACACCAGCUCUGUCAGGAGGAAUGGGCCAAAAUUCAUCCAACUUAUUGUGGGAAUUUGUGGAAGGCUACCCGAAACGUUUGACCCAAGUUAAACAAUUUAAAGACAAUGCUACUGAAUACUAAUUGAGUGUAUGUAAACUUCUGACCCACUGGGAAUGUGAUGAAAGAAAUAAAAGCUGAUAAAAAUCAUUCUCUCUACUAUUAUUCUGACAUUUCACAUUCUUAAAAUAAAGUGGUGAUCCUAACUGACCUAAGACAGGGAAUUUUUACUAGGAUUAAAUGUCAGGAAUUGUGAAAAACUGAGUUUAAAUGUAUUUGGCUAAGGUGUAUGUAAACUUCCGACUUCAACUGUACAGACAUUAAAAUGUAUACUUGUAAAAAUGUAGUACCAUAUUGAUUGUUUUCUAACGAAGCAACACUUGCACCUCUUUCAGUUGGAAUAGAUUUACCAGCCUGUUGUGUAUGUAGUGGAAGGAAUUUGUGUAUGUCAAGGCCGACUGGUUUUACUGCCAGGAAGUGCCUUUGUGGUUGACACAAAAAUGCAUAAUAGACGUCUCAGCUGGAGGACCCACCGCCUGACUCAUUUUGAGAGAUCUUCUUUAAUUUCCCCCAUUUAUUUUCCUCCCUUCUCUACAGAGCUGUACGACAUCUUCCUCUCCAGAGCCAAGGAGAGAUGGAGGAGUUUCAGUGAGACGGGUUCAGAGACAGAGGCUGACGGUACGUCUGAGAUGGGGGGUGAAGGGAGUGGGGAGGGAGGCCCUCACGGGGCAAGACUGUGAAUUUCAGACACACACACCAUAUUGAGGACUGUCAGACCCUAGACUCAUCCAUUAUCCCCUCUUCCUAUCAUGGCACAAACAACGUUACAGAGAGGUCGAACCAGUAGGAGAUCAGUUUAUUUUAGUAAACUGAAAUGAUCAAGUUGGUCCUUUCGUUAAUAAUCUGUUUGUGUUUCGAUUCUAGAUGGGGCAUCGCUGGCAGACAGAGAGUCCAGUCUGGACCUGAUCAAGCUGGACAUAUCCCGCACAUUCCCCCCUCUUUUUAUCUUCCAGAAGGUACAGUACAUCUCUUACCCCACUACUGUGUAUGUGUGUGUGCUCAAUGUCAUCCUCUGAUUGUCUUCUACCACAGGGUGGGCCAUAUCAUGAUCUCCUCCACAGUGUGCUGGGGGCCUACACCUGUUACAGACCUGACGUGGGAUAUGUGAGUAACACUUCAAAACGGCAGUCUAAGUCCUUAUUUUAUGCCAUACUGUACAUGCGGUGAUUGUGAACUAAAAUGGUGGUUCUGUUCUCUCAGGUCCAGGGCAUGUCCUUCAUAGCUGCAGUAUUAAUCCUCAACCUGGAGGAAGCUGAUGCCUUCAUUGCCUUCGCUAACCUGCUCAACAAGCCCUGCCAGCUGGCCUUCUUCAGAGUGGACCAUGAUCUGGUGAGGCCUACUUCCACAGUGAAAAACUGUCCUCUCUAAAACUAAUUUAAAGGGAUAGUUCACCCAAAUGACAAAAUUACAUAUUGGUUUCCUUACCCUGUAAGCAGUCUAUGGACAAGGUAUGGCAGCAAUCUAUGCUUUGGUAUAGUUUCCCUGGCACUGUUUCCACAUGCUAACGUUUUAGCAUUUGUGGCACAAAUCCCAUUCAAGUCAUGGGACUGAUAUUAGCAUUUUUCGCACAUCAUGUUCAUAUCAUCUAUAAGUGACUUUGUUGAGUUUCACAAUCCAUUUUAGAAACUUUUGGAUAAUUUGGGCAUGAUGCACGAUUAUCCCGUUAACAGUACUGAAUUAGUGGUCCCUGAAUCUCUCUCUGCCCAUUUUCCCCUCUAGAUGCUGAAAUACUUUGCUGCGUUCGAGGUGUUCUUUGAAGAGAACCUCCCAAGACUGUUUAACCACUUCCAGAGCUCCAACCUCACCCCAGAUCUCUAUCUCAUAGACUGGUGAGUAACUAUGGGAUCUCUAUGAAAAUGUGAAAGCAUGUAGCAGUUCUGUGUUAGUGUGGCCUUCAAGCUGUUAUCUCAUAGUUUUAACCCCAGCCAUGCUGUCAGUUCAUUAUUCACAGUUAUCAGAGCACAGCUGCUGCAUGCUGUAAGAUUAAUUUAUCUGCUUUCCCCAUUCCGCUAACUGCCAUUUUUGACCUGUGUGUGUCUGUCUGUGUCUGUUUACAGGAUCUUCACUCUGUACAGUAAGUCGUUGCCGUUGGACGUGGCAUGUCGUGUGUGGGACGUGUUCUGUCGUGACGGCGAGGAGUUCCUGUUCCGGACGGGCCUAGGGAUCCUGCGUCUCUAUGAGGACGUGCUCCUACAGAUGGAUUUCAUCCACAGCGCACAGUUCCUGACACGCCUCCCAGAGGAUAUAGGCUCUGAUAGGCUGUUCGCCUGCAUCGCAGCCACGCCCAUGCUCAACGGAAACAGGAAAUGGUUCCAGGUCAGUUCCUCUAAACAUAAGAAGACAGGGAAGUGA